GUUGUCCAGGAUGGCUGUGUGGAUCCAGGCCCAGCAGCUUCAGGGGGACGCCCUGCACCAAAUGCAAGCCCUCUAUGGCCAGCACUUCCCCAUCGAGGUGCGCCACUACCUGUCCCAGUGGAUUGAAAGUCAAGCUUGGGACUCAAUAGACCUGGACAGUCCACAGGAGAACAUUAAGGCCACCCAGCUGCUGGAGGGCCUGGUGCAGGAGCUGCAGAAGAAGGCCGAGCACCAGGUGGGGGAGGACGGUUUUUUGCUGAAGAUCAAGCUGGGCCACUAUGCCACGCAGCUCCAGAACACGUAUGACCGCUGCCCCAUGGAGCUGGUCCGCUGCAUCCGCCACAUCUUGUACAACGAGCAGAGGCUGGUUCGAGAAGCCAACAACGGGAGCUCUCCAGCCGGGAGCCUGGCUGACGCCAUGUCCCAGAAACACCUCCAGAUCAACCAGACAUUCGAGGAGCUGCGGCUGGUCACGCAGGACACAGAGAAUGAGCUGAAGAAGCUGCAGCAGACCCAAGAAUACUUCAUCAUCCAGUACCAGGAGAGCCUGAGGAUCCAGGGUGAGGCUGCCGCGCGCGAGCCCUUGGGGCAGGAGCGACGUGAAAGGAAGCUCAGCUCCAGGUGGGACAGAACAGCGAAUGUGUCGGAAAACCUCGGGCGGUUCUACCCUGUCCUGCCGGACUGCCCCAUUGACCCUGGCGAGUGCGAGAAGCUGGCCGAGAUCAUCUGGCAGAACCGGCAGCAGAUCCGCAGAGCUGAGCACCUGUGCCAGCAGCUGCCCAUCCCGGGCCCCGUGGAGGAGAUGCUGGCCGAGGUCAACGCCACCAUCACGGACAUCAUCUCAGCCCUGGUGACCAGUACGUUCAUCAUCGAGAAGCAGCCCCCUCAGGUCCUGAAGACCCAGACCAAGUUUGCGGCCACCGUGCGCCUGCUGGUGGGCGGGAAGCUGAACGUGCACAUGAACCCGCCCCAGGUGAAGGCCACCAUCAUCAGCGAGCAGCAGGCCAAGUCUCUGCUCAAGAACGAGAACACCCGCAAUGACUACAGCGGGGAGAUCUUGAACAACUGCUGCGUGAUGGAGUACCACCAAGCCACGGGCACCCUCAGCGCCCACUUCAGAAACAUGUCCCUGAAACGGAUCAAGCGGUCUGACCGCCGGGGAGCAGAGUCGGUGACCGAAGAGAAAUUCACCAUCCUAUUUGAAUCUCAGUUCAGUGUCGGCGGGAAUGAGCUGGUCUUCCAGGUCAAGGUAAAGCCCCCCUCCGCUGCAUGUGUGCGCACUGACUCCUCAAUUAUCAGCCCUCCCGUUCCCCGACACUUCACAUUCACAACCAUCACGAGCAAGCCGACUAGCUGGCUGCUGUGCACAUCAGAGACCACCAAGCUGUUCAAUCACAGCAGCAGCCACCUGGAGGAAUACAGCAGCAUGUCCGUGUCCUGGUCCCAGUUCAACAGGGAGAAUUUGCCGGGACGGAACUACACCUUCUGGCAGUGGUUUGACGGUGUCAUGGAGGUGCUGAAGAAGCACCUCAAGCCCCACUGGAACGAUGGCGCGAUCUUGGGUUUCGUGAACAAGCAGCAGGCCCACGACCUGCUCAUCAACAAGCCCGACGGCACCUUCCUGCUGAGAUUCAGCGACUCUGAAAUCGGCGGCAUCACCAUUGCCUGGAAGUUUGACUCUCAGGAAAGAAUGUUCUGGAACCUGAUGCCUUUUACUACCCGGGACUUCUCCAUCCGGUCCCUGGCCGACCGCCUGGGGGACCUGAGUUACCUCAUCUACGUGUUUCCCGACCGGCCCAAGGACGAGGUCUACUCCAAGUACUACACGCCAGUGCCCUGCGAGCCUGCCACUGGUAACAGUGCUCCCGCUCUGCUUUCACUCCGCUGUGAUUGUGUCUGUGUCUUUGUUCGGUGGUUGUUUUCCUUUGCGUUUGUGUGCGCGGCUCUCUCUUGCAUGAGAAGCAUACAGUUGAAAGUUCCCUUGUUGCGAUGUAAGCACCUGGGGUGGGGUGGCGGUGGGAGACACACACGGAUUCUGGGCCGUGUUCUUCAGCCAGACAGAAUGCACCUGCUGUUAACCCCAGACAUUGGUUCCCAGGCUCAAGGGAACACACGGUGUGCUAGUUUUCUGAGCUGUACUUAUUUUUUUAAAAGUCUGAAAAGCAUUUACGAGACAGUAGACAGACCUCACCCAGCAUCCUCUCGUCUGGGGAGCGUGUGGUCUUGCCGCCUGUAUGGAUGUUGGCUAUGGUGCCAGGGGCCAUCAGUGAUUUCUCACUCGUGGCCACUCCUCCAGGCGAACGCCAGGCCUUUCUUCCGCAUUGCCCUCAGUGCGCUCUCCAGCCUUCAAUGUGUUUGGGGCGAGACCUGUGAAAAGACGGCAGUCUGGGGGGAGGGAGAGCUCAGAAACAGGUAGGAUCAGGGCGCGGUGGCGGAUGCUGUGAAGAAAGCCAAGUCAAGGGCAGAGGAUGGGAGGGAGCAUUCACGUAGUGGGGUCACUACGGGGUCCCCUAGGAGUGGUACUCGAAGAGCGUGGAAAAGAGGAGGAAGCUGGGACCCAGCAGAAAGCCACUUCAGGCACUGAAAACAAGUCCGAAACCGUGUGUAGAAAAACCUCACAGGGGUCCAGAAAGCUCGACCAGGGCGGGCAGCGCAGGCAGGGUCUGAGAGGAGGUCAGAGGGGGGGCCUCACAAUGGGGCCAGAUCUCUGGGGGGCCUCAGCGUCUAAGGAAUCAUAGAGUCACGGUCUUGUGGGACCUGAAUUUUAUUUGUGCAUUUACUUAGUUUAGCUUUACAAUACCAUAGGCAGCGCUCUGGCUCAGUACAGGUCUUACCAUUUCAGCAGUGGCAUGAACCCCACUGGAUGGCGGGUCCAUGUCGGGCAUUUAAAGAUGUUUACAGUCUCGGUCCUUCACAACUUGUCGUCCGGUUGAAGGUUGUAUCUCAACACCUUCACGUCUCUUUCUUCUUUAUUAAAACGAUAUCCUUGGGAGUAAUUCCUUCAAGUAGAAUCCCUAGGAAAGGGUGUGUACUUUGUAAGCACUCGGACACAUCUUUUCAGAACCGCCCGUGAGAAAGCCACGUGCGUUGUCCUUCCUGGAGAUGGCCCUGAGUGACCACUCUCCAUCCUCUGGUCAGCUACAGAUCCAUCGGGGCUGAGUAUUCAGCCGGGGCUCGUUGCUCAUGGGGUUUCGGAGGCUGUCGAUCGUUACUGAAGCGGAUGGCCUCAGCUUUGUCCUGAGGAGCAGCUGGUGGGUUUGUCAUUAGCAGUCUCCCUAAUGGGCUGUCACGUCAUCUGCUCAUGAGAAGAAUAAACUGAGCCCUGGUGGCCCCGUGGAUUGAGCACGGGGCUGCGAGGUCAGUCGGUAGACCCACCCGCUGCUCUGAAGGAAAAAGAUGUGCUUAGUCUGCCUCUGGGAAGGCUCUACAGCCUUAGAAGCCCACACUCUGUGUAGAGCAGCCCUGCUCUGUCCUUUGGGGUCGCUGAGAGUGGUAACUGACGCAGCAGCAGUGGGUGUGGUAAAAGAGCAGUCACAAUGCAGUAACAAUGUGUGGCUGCUGCCUGCUCUCCUGAGCACUUUGCUGUAAGCAUCUCACGUCGCCCUCCACGCACUGGGCAUUCGCGUUAGGUGCUGUGGAGCCCGUUUCCACUCUCGGGGACCCAUGUGCAGAAGAGAGAACCCCCUCCCGCCAUCCUCACAAGGGUUCAGUCUGAGCCACUGUGUCUGUCCAUCUCAUGGCGGGGGGCUCUUCUUUUUCUCUGACCCUCUAUCUUAAUCAGCAGGAUGCCCGUCCCCAGUGACUGACCCUGUGGGGACUGUAGGUACCGUGAUCCCUCCCAAGUCAAAGCUGAAGCCCAACAGUAAAAUAAUUGGCCAGGGAUCACACAGCGAGCCAGGGGCCAAGCCAGAUGGGAACUCCCGCUGUGUGGCCCCAGAGCCCAGAUGUCCUGUCACUGGCGCAUCAACAGCCUGUACACGUGUGUCAUUCUGCGGCGUGGCAUGGCCUCCGGGAGCUGUGUCCAUGCUCCUCGCUCACCUUGCUUCGGGAGCCGCUCUCCCCUGGUGCCGUGGGAGUGUCUUCCACACAGUUGAGCACCUCACCUCGUCCUCUCUGCGUCAAGCUGAUUCCAGCCCUAGUGCCCCCACCCCACACAACAGCCUGUACACGUGUGUGAUCCAGCGACCUGGAGUCCACGUGCAGUCACUCAACAGCCUGUAC